AUGGAGGAGGAGAUCUUGCCCGACAAAGAGCCACAGAAAGAGGAUCAGGAUGUGAUAGCAGAGCUGGAGGAGAGUACAUUGGAAGAGGUGCAAGAUGACCUGUACGAGCUGGAGAAGACCCUUGGCAGCAUACACACAACCAGGAUGACAAAACCCUACAUCCCAGAACAGAUCCAGAAGGUGGACAUGUCCCAGUGUCCCAUCUCCUACAAAGAGAACAGCCCUAAGGAGAAGCUUCUGCUGGCGAUGGCUGACAAUUUCCUCUACCAGUAUGCCCACAUAUACCCCGACCGCAAGCCCCUGCUUCUGUGCCCACUCAACGAGUGUGGCGUCCCGAAGUUUGUGAGCACCACUGUGCGAGCCACCUUGAUUCCGUACCCUGAGCUGUACAGCUGGGACGGUUGUGCCAGCUUCGUUUCCGACUUCCUGUCUAUGAAGCCACUGGACCCUCCCAUAGACCCGCCUGCACACCUGUACUCUCCUACCUGGGUGCUUCAGACCCAGGUGGGCACCUGCUUCGAGUCGUCCACGCUGUUGUGCAGCCUGCUGCUGGGCGCCGGCUACAACGCCUACUGUGUCAGCGGCUACGCUGUCAAGGAGAUGUGUAUGAUGAACCAGACCAAGCUCGAAUGCCCCCUGCUCGCCCCUCCCGUGAAGGGCCAGGCAGCAGAGCAGAAGGAGCAGACCCAAAAGUACUCUGUGAAGCCUCCCAGAGACCUGCUGAGCGGCUUUGAGCAGAGCCAGGCGGAUCGUCGCCAGGCAGAAGCCCAGGCCGCCGUGCUGAAGAAGCAGCUCGAAGCCGAUAGGCUGCAAGAGGAGCGAGAGCGACCUCCACCUGACCCCUUGCUGGGUUUGCGGGUCCACUGCUGGGUUCUGGUGCUGUCUGGGAGCCGCGAGGUCCCAGAGAACUUCUUCAUCGAUCCCCUGACAGGGAAGAGUUUCAGCACCAGCGACGACAGUUUCCUGGGCAUCGAGUGCGUCUGGAACCACCUCAACUACUGGGUCAACAUGCAGGACUGUCGCUUUGGCUGCGCUGGUAUGACCUACGACCUGGGAGAUGCGAUCAGGUGGGAGUAUUUGCUGUGUGGCUCGACAGGUCAUUCUCUGCUCCUCAUUCCUGACAUGAGAAACGAACUGGAGCUAGAGGAGGAGGAUGAAGAUGAAGUGCUGGAGCCGAAGCAGUUUGAGAUGCCUCCAUCUUGGGUGAAACCUAUCACCAUCUCAGAACAAGACAUGGAGACUCGCUGUCCUGGAGGCUUGAAGGUGCUCAAGUUCCGGAAGGCCAAGCUGGAGAAGUUUGCCCACUACCUCCUCCCAAAUGGGCUGGUCACCCGCCUCACCACCUACACAGACCUGGACUGCUCCAAACCUGAGAUAGUGAGGGAGUGGUUUCAGCACAGACACGACCACCUGGAAGAGCGUGAGCUGGAGAAGAAGAGCAAUGUCACCAAAGAGAAGUUCACACCUGGACGCAGCUACGCCUUGAAAUCCCACAGGUACAUCACCAUGACCCCUGAGACGGAGCGUCAGAUGGACUUCUACAGCCACGCGCGGGCAGACGGCCUUGCCCAGAUUGUGGAGACGCCCCUGGAGAUGAAAGAGAGCUUCCAAGACCGCCCAGACUUCCUCUACUACCGUCAUGUGGUCUUUGACAGGAGGGCCAAGGUGUUCGGCCCCAGAGAUGCUCCGGACCUGGGACACAGACCCCUCAAGAAGGUAUUAGAGAAGUUCCAUCGGGACCUGUCGAAGCCGGCCAGUGAGGACGUGGCAGAGCGAGUGUUCCUGGUGUCAGAGGACCGGAUCCAGGUGACGUACCACCGGGAGGACGACAGAAUCAUCCCCGCCUGGAGGAACUUCACCAAGCCCAGGGACUCUGGAGACUCCAACAAGCCCCAGUCCUUCACCCCCGAGAUGGCCUCCUCCUUCCAGGUGGAUCCCUUUGAGAAGCCCAGUAAGAACGUGUUCCUUUAUGUGACGUUGAUGCACAUGAUGAAGGAGGAGAUUAAAGUGGCCAAGAGAAUCAAGGACUCGGAGAAAGAGAUGAGAGCCAUCCUCCAGCUGAGACAGCAGGAGGAAAGCAGCAUUGAGCUGAACAUCUCCAUCUAUAACACAGCCAGGAACGAGAAAGCACGCUGCCAUCGGGAAGAGCUGGAGCGAACAGCCCAGGAGGAACGCUUACGGAGGGAGGAGAAGGAGCUGGACUGCUUGGCUCCGUUCCUGGCUCAGCUGGGCGACCCUGACAAGCUGACCAAGCACACUGCCGUGCUGCUGAGGAACAACUGUCUGGCUGACCUCAAGCAGCGCCUCAUUGACAUGGCCAACCUCAUACAGGCCCGCUUCGAGAGGGAGACCCAGGAGCUGCAGCAGAAACAGCUGUGGUACCAGAAGAACCAGCUGAGCAUGACCAAGGAGGACGAGGAUGAGUACCUGGCCUACUGCUCCGACGCCAUGUUCAGGAUACACAUCCUCAAACUCAGACUCAGCAGGCAUAAGGACAAAGCCCCCCAGAAGUACCUGGCUCUGGACGAAAAACUGAGGAGAGACCCUAGACUGUCGAAUUAUCUGUUCUGAACAAUGAAAAAAAGCUUCUCCAAAUUAUAUAAUCACACUCCUCUCCAUGCUCGGUUUAACUGUGUUAAUCUACUCAAUAAAUGACUUUUCUAUAAUUUAUCCUGUGUUUGCGUUUUUAAUAUGCG